GUGUGUGUGCUGCUUUUAAGAGCCCCAUCAGAAACCAGGCCUUCUAUAUGGAGGAGGGGGAACCUUACUGUGAGAGAGAUUAUGAGAAGAUGUUUGGUACUAAGUGUCAUGGCUGUGACUUUAAGAUCGAUGCUGGGGACCGCUUCCUAGAGGCCUUGGGAUACAGUUGGCACGACACCUGCUUUGUCUGCGCUUUCUGCCAGAUCAACCUGGAAGGAAAGACCUUCUACUCUAAGAAGGAUAAGCCGCUGUGUAAAGGCCAUGCCUUUGCUCCCGUCUGAGAGGGAGGGGGUGGUUCAGAGGGGACAGGAACCAUUCUCUGAACCCUGAAGACCUCCGCAUCGCACAGCUCCAGUCACUCUCCACUCCACUGCAAACCAGACAGCUUUUCAGAUGCUCACUAUCG